AUUAUGUAAACAAAUCAUAUUUUUUUUUGUCACUUUAAGCUGAUGAAAAAGAAUAAUCAGAAUUUGCUUGUGUUUCAGAAAUUACGCUUUCUUAAUUUUCCUACGCAUUUCUUGUUUGAAAGUCAUAUAAUAAUAAAAUGAAGUUUAUUUUUUCCACUCAAAAAUUAGAAUAUGCACGGAGCCUUUUCAAACAAGGCAUGAAAUUAAGCCGAACUACGCUACUAUUUUCCCGUCCAAUGUCAGUUCAGGCUUCUUUUUUAACGAUACACGAAACAACCAUCAAGUCAUGUGGCUCUUUAUACGAGAAAUGGAGAGAAACCGGAAGAUUCGGAAAGUUACCAAAUUCGGACUUGACAUUUCAAGUUAAAUAUUUAGAUACAUUGCAAGGUUUAGAUCUUCCUAUCAGCAACCUAUCUUCUGUCCCUGUAGUUGUUGGCUUACAUGGUGCUCCUGGGUCAUGCAAUGAGUUUAGUAAUUUAGCAGAGUUUCUGCAUAAUAAAGGUGUUAGAUUUGUUUCACCCACAUUUCCAGAUUUUUCAAGUUUCCGUCCUGGUAUUUUUAAACAUACUGAUGAGGAAAAAGCUCAAUAUGUGAGAGAUUUUCUUUCAGCCAUAUCUGUUCCUAAAGUAGACCUUUUAGUCUGUCAUAGCAGUGCUGUAUAUCCAGGUUUAUUGUUGUGUCUUCACCAAAAUCCUGCUAUAAAAUCAUUAGCCAUGUUAAAUCCAUCUACUUUUUCAUUGAAGAUGCCGGCAAUUAAUUAUUAUCAAGGUUUGAAACAGAUGGUAAAAGCAAGUGAAAGUCCAGUUUUUUUAAAGAUCAUGGAAACAAUUUGUCCUAUUAUUUUAAAAUUGGCAAAAAUUCCUGUGAGAGUGGAUAAGUUCUUAGAUCCUUUGUUAUCAGCAACUGUUAUGGCACGUACAAAUAUUCCAGAGUCAAAAGAAAAGUUCCACAAGCUUGCAUCGUCAGGAUUUCCUAUUUUUUAUGCUUUUAGUGAAGAUGAUAAACUGAUUGGAGGACAAAAUGCUUCUGAGUUAGCAACGCUCCUUGGUGCUCAAUUCUCUGAUAUUUGUUACAUAAAUAAGCAUGGAGUUAUUGAAAAAAAAGGUCAAGAAACCUCUAGACUGAAGGUCAUGUCCUUUGAAAACGGUUCCCACUAUGUAUUUUGGAAAUAUUCAGACAUAAUAAAUGCAGCGGUCUACAAUUUUUUAAUUCAGCACAUAACUGACAGUGUCCAAAGCUGAAAUUAGAAUGUUUAAAACGUAAGUUAUUAUUGCUGAAGAAUCAUAAUCCCUUGGAUUAGCUUUAAGACAUGAAGAGUUUAUCUAAAGAAGUAUACAUAUAAAAAAAAAUUAUGGUUGAUGGUGAUAGGUUGAAAAAAUGUAUUAUUUAUUUUAUUUCAUAACCAUUGAUAAACAGCGACCCAAUUUUCUGGGUGAUUAUUUAUUUAUUUAUUUGUCUUUUUUUUCUUGAAAUCAUAAUAAAUAUUAUUCAUCCAUUUUA